AUUUAAAAGGGGGAGUCAUAGAYCAAAGAAGUGUCACUUCCCCCCUUAAAUGCAGCCAUAGGUGCAUCGGGAACAGGCUCUGCAUGUCGUUCAAUUACAAAUUAUCAGGAUUGAGUGAAGCUGGUGUUUGUGAGUURAAUAAUGCUACACGAAUAACGGCGCCACAUCUCUACCAGGAUAACCCACUUUACGACUACUACUUUGAUCCAAGGGUCGAGAACUUCAGGUCUUGUCUUGACUACCUUCGUAACGGAGCCAAAACGAAUGGUAUCUACACCAUCACAGAUACCAGUGGAGAUUCCUACAAAGUAUUCUGUGAUGUCACCUCAGAGCCUCGCUCUGCCUGGACCUUGAUCCAGUCGUAUGCCAGGAAAAAUAGGAGAGUUAAUGCAUUCUGCCGUGGAUCGUUUGCAACGAAUUUGCCGAUCGAGGAGAAUUCACCAAACUGGGRGWCCUAUCGGUUACAAUUACARAAAAUGAAAUUGCUUUCAGAUCAAUCAACUCAUUGGAGAGCYACUACAGGCUUUGACAAAUAUGGCGUCGACUACACCGAUUAUAUCAGAGCUAAAAUCUCAAGCUUGGACAUUCUGAGUUCCACUACCAUACACGCAGUUUGCAAAACCGUGGAAUAUGUCAACAUCCGUGGAAUCAAGGGCACAAACAUUCAAAUGAACUUUUUUCAAGAAGUGAAUGUAUUCUCCCUUCAUACUGACAGCGGGGCCUUAAAUUGYCCUUUCAAGUCCAAUCUUGGAGCAAAACCGUCGGAAAACGAUUUUGGUUUCUACUGCGAGGGAGAUUCCACAAUGAAUCCGAGCUUUAGAGGCACCAUGAACGAAGACAGUACAACGCARUGGUGGUUUGGAGGAUAUUUGUGAAACGAUUGCUUUACUUUUAUAGCACUAUGAUAAUAGCAAACACAGAGUAUCUUCUCAGUAAGAGGAUGUACGCACCACGCAUGAAACAUAGAGUCAUCUAGGGGAAGGGGUGUCCACAGUCCACAGACCCCUCAAAUAGCACAUAAUGAAAACCUAUGGAUGUAAGGAUCACAUGCCCGCACAUGGCACUAUGAGAUACAUAAUGGAAACAAAUUAAGGAAAGUUAUAGUGAUAGAAAGGAGGUUGUUCCUGAAGAAAAACCCUUGGAAAUAAAUAAGGAAAAAUUAAUUUUCGCGACCUCGCUGGAUCAAUUUUUCUGAAUUUAUUUCCAAAGGUCUUUCGCCCGGAAUAACCUCCCUCCUAGCAAUAUAACUUUACGUACUUUAUUUCUAUAUCACAUAAUGUUUUAUUAGAUAAUAACAGUUUUUUGGAGUUCAGUUUCAAGUGCCACGACUUUGAAAAUGARUCCARCAUUUUUUAUGUAAAAUAUAAGGUGUGAGACUUGUCAGUUGUGCUAUCAGCAGUACAACUCAAUACAUAUUUUCUAACUGUGCAAAAAUAAACCGUCACUUUAAUUCCGUACGGUGAAGAUACCGUGACGUGACUGCCCGGGGGGGGACUCCCUAAUAAAAAAAGGGCGGGGGUCCUCGUCGUCCCUUUUAGGGUUUGAAAUCAGCAUUUCCAAUGUCACCACCAAUCAGCCAUUGGUAGCCAAAUCAUGCUUAUAAAAAACCGCAACAGAAACAUGUCUGGAAUUGGGCUCCUGGUGAUGAUUGUUAGAAGCGGUUUUUUUGUAUGAAUGAUAUAAAAAUAAAAAAAAAGUUAAUCGAACAUGAAGACUCUCUUUGAGCGCUUACUCGAUCUGCAUCACAGGACAGUCACAUGAUAAAUGACGUCACGUUCCGUAUAACACACGUCUAUAACGUAAAACGUAGGCUUAAGUUUGUUUCAGUUUUUUUUUAUUGAAACUGACGAGCCAAAAUAAGAAAAUUUGCAUCCCAGUUUCYCUCGGUCACGUGAAGAUCGCUUUGUACAAAUCAGCUAUAUCCGUGUAUAAGAUAUUUAGAUUCUUUCGAUUCCAAAAAAAAUAAACAAAAAAAAAUAAACAAAAAUAAAUAAAUGAAUGAAUGAAUCAAAAGAAAGAAGAAGAACGAAGGAGAAAAACGAAAACGUCCUGGGACUCGAACCCAUGACAUAAAGAUCGAAAAAGUUUGGGACGAUUCCCCCGAGACAUUCUGUGAAGCUGAGGCGGCGAA